AUGGCCGCCCAGAAGGAAUAUAAGGUCGGUAUCCUCGGUGCCACCGGCACUGUCGGCCAGCGCUUCAUCGUCCUGCUCCAAAAUCACCCAUACAUGAAGAUUCACACCCUCGGCGCCUCCUCUCGAUCCGCCGGCAAGACCUACAAGGAAGCUACCCGAUGGACCCAAGCUAUCCAGAUGCCCGCUUUCGUGAAGGAGAUGCAGAUCUACGAGUGCAAGUCCGAGCACUUCAAGGAAUGCGAUGUCGUCUUUUCCGGGCUGGACCACGACGUUGCGGGACCUAUUGAGAUUGAUAUGUUGAAGGCCAACAUCCCCGUUUUCUCCAACGCGAAGAACUACCGCCGUGAUGAGACGUGUCCGUUGAUCGUCCCCACCGUCAACACGAGCCAUUUCGACCUCAUCCCUCACCAGCGCUCUUUGCACGGUUUGGACAAGGGUUUCCUCGUCACCAACGCCAACUGCUCUACCACCGGUAUUGUGGUUCCCCUCAAAGCCCUUCAAGACGCAUUCGGCGAGUUGGCACAGAUCAACAUCGUCACGAUGCAAGCUAUCUCGGGCGCUGGAUACCCCGGUGUCCCAUCCCUCGAUAUCAUCGAUAACCUCGUUCCCUUCAUCGGUGGUGAGGAAGACAAGAUCGAGUGGGAAACGAACAAAAUCUUAGGUGGCCUGUCAGCAGACAACAAGUCCUUUGACUACUUGAAGAACACGAAGGUUGCGGCACAGUGUAACCGUGUCGCUGUCAUCGAUGGACACACCGAGUGCGUACAGGUCACUUUCGCCCAGCGCCCCGCACCAUCCGUCGAGGAAGUCAAGAGGGUCCUCCGGGAAUACACUUGCGAAGCACAAUCCCUCAACUGCCCCUCUGCACCCAAACACGCUAUCCAUGUCUUCGAGGAGAAUGACCGUCCCCAGCCGAGGUUGGACAGGGAUGUCGAUGGUGGGUAUGCUGUUGCGGUUGGAAGAGUUAGGGAGGAUAAGGUGUUUGAUAUCAAGUUUGUUGCGUUGAGUCAUAAUACCGUCAUUGGUGCUGCUGGGUCUGGGAUUUUGAAUGCGGAGGUCGCUAUUGCGAAGGGGUUAUUCUAA